GGCCGCGAUCCGCACGCUGUCCUCCAAUAAUUUAACGCAAACAUUUGCCAGUGCCGGGUCUUGUUGAACCUUUUUCCUCAUUACCGCAACGUGUAUUUUCCACAACCAAAGAUUUGUGAUUCAGUUUGUGUGCAAUGGGUCGCCGCAAGUCCAAAAGAAAGCCUCCUCCUAAGAAGAAGAUGACGGGGGAUCUGGAAAGUCAGUUCACCUGUCCGUUCUGCAACCACGAGAAGUCAUGUGACGUAAAAAUGGAGAGAAGCAGAAAUACUGGGAUAAUAUCAUGUACAGUCUGCUUGGAGGAGUUCCAGACCCCCAUUACCUAUCUGUCAGAGCCAGUUGAUGUGUACAGUGAUUGGAUAGAUGCCUGUGAAGCAGCCAAUCAGUAGCCCUCGUGGAGUUGGAUGACUUGGGAAUUAGACGAGGAUGUGGCUGGUGGGUCUGGGCCCAUUAAAAACAAGCUUGUUAGAGGAGAUUACUGAAACUUUUAUUAUUCAUAGGUUUCUGUAUCGUCACUUGAAAUUUACAGCUGUGAAAACAGCUGACGCAUUUACAGUAUGAGGUCUUCAGCACAAACAGGCUAUGAAUUGUUCCUGUUCACGUCUCCCUUUUGUGAGUAAAGUUUCAGCCCCCAACUGUAGUCUUUACUUUUGAGAUUUAUUGCAUUAUUUGUAAUUUGCAGUGUACCCUGAUUAACCUCACGCAUUGAGCAAGGCGUUCUGUUUUCAAUAUUUGUUUCUGUUUUUGAUUAUUUAGUAUGUGUCUCGAAAGACCCUUUAAAUUCAGUAUAUACAACCCUUUAAAUAAUAGUCGAUUUUGAAGAUUGCAAAAAUAAUGUGUCCUGCUUUUUAUUUUGUAAACUGCUGGAUUUUGUUCACUGAGCAAAUGGAAUUUUACACAGGAGACCUCUAGUGUACGAGAAUGGUCCCAAUCUUGGCAUUUUAAUGUGAAAUUAAUAAUAAAACAAAACCCAUAAAGUAACCGUAUUUUAGGUUUAAACCAUUAAGUUAGAGACACUCAUUCGCUAUCUCACACUGUCACUAACAACAGGAUGUAGUUAGAAAGGAAAUUUCCAGGUAGGCUGAACUGCCAGCCUUUACAAAGUCUAGAUGGGAGUGAAACUGGUUUAAAUCUGAAUAUACUUCAGGCCAACUGCAAAACUGGUAUGAUGUUUCACUAAGCAAUUUGUUUUUAACAUCUCACCUCGACACAGCAUAGUUGAUCUAAGUCUUUUCUUUCUGUGUUUUUGGUGUUUGCAGAACUAUACAAUCCUUUCUGAUCACCCUCAGUUAGCAUUGAUGUUCCAGGUUCUGUUCACAGUCAUAACUAACCACAGAUCUCCUCAUCCUCAUGAAGACAGCUGUGUCACAGCUUUAGGUCAUUCCACUGGAGGGAGGAACGAAAAUGUCUAAAGAUUUAUGCUUAGCUGCUAAGUUCAUAAGUUUUGAAUUGUUCUGAAUCCAUUCAUUUUUUUUCAGGUGAUUGUCUUUUUAGCGUACAAGUUUAAGAAAUACAAAAAAAAAUCAAGAAGUACAAAUUAUCUUUGUUAUUAAGCGCAUGUGUAAAAAAUACUGUUAUCAUAUCCUGAACUCAAGCUGUAAUAUUGAUUGUUUAUUUUCCUAUGCAAUGGCUGAGAAGAAGAAGAAAGCUUUUUUUUUUUUUUUUUUUUUUAAAUGUACUGAAUUGGAAAAAUGUCAUCUUGGAAAUAAAGGAGCAAUAAGACUUGA